AUGGUUGAUAUUGAGGGAGCAAUGGAGCGUCCAGUUGAAUUUAUCGAAGGUAUAGCAACAGGUACAAAAUAUUUAGUUGGAUCAAUUGUUGGUGGUGUAGCUGAAGCUUUAUCAAAAAAAUAUGCUGAAGAUCAACAUAGCGAACAUGAAGGUUAUAUUGCUCAUAUUGAUUCAUCAACAAAUCCAUCAACAUUAUUUUUUGCAACAACAGAUAGACGUUUUGUUUUCUUAGUUCGAAAUAAAUCAAUACUAGAUCAAUAUGAAAUUGAAUGA